GCUUGAGCUCCACUUACUACUCUCACCGACCACUUUUCCCUCCCUCCUCACUCGGAACAAGUUAAUCCACGCCCUCAAACCAAACCACAUCGCGAUCGACCAUGAAGGUCACUAUUAAAGAAUGGAACGGGGUUGCCACUUGGCGUUGGGAUAUGCCCGAGGAUGAUGUUUGUGGCAUCUGUCGCGUCCAGUUCGAUGGGACUUGCCCGACUUGCAAAUUCCCCGGUGAUGAUUGUUCACUACUGCUAGGCAAAUGUGGACAUUCGUUUCAUAUGCAUUGUUUGAUGACUUGGAUCCAACAAGAAUCUUCAAAGGGGCUUUGUCCGAUGUGUCGUCAAAAAUUCGAAUGGAAACAAGAAGAUGAUGAAUAAGCCUAAACAUCAUCCAUCCCCGCGGCGACAAUGGGGGAGACGUUCAAGCUCGACGGAUACGAUACCCAUUUUUAAAGAAUCAUUAAAUCGCAAUUGUUUCUCUUUUCUUGUACAAUACAGAGUGUUAUCAACAUUGCAUUCAUGACUAGCUUCCGCGCAGU